CCGCUUUGAGAUGUUCUCAAACAACGAUGAAGCUGCAAUCAACAAAAAACUGCCCAAAGAGCUGCUGCUUCGAAUUUUCUCUUUCCUGGAUGUGGUCACUCUGUGUCGUUGUGCUCAAGUUUCCAGGGCAUGGAAUGUUCUGGCCCUGGAUGGCAGUAACUGGCAGCGAAUUGACCUGUUUGAUUUCCAGAGGGAUAUUGAGGGCCGAGUGGUGGAGAACAUUUCCAAGAGAUGUGGGGGAUUCCUGCGGAAGCUGAGCCUGCGGGGCUGCCUGGGAGUGGGGGACAACGCCUUAAGGACCUUUGCCCAGAACUGCAGGAACAUCGAGGUGUUGAACCUCAAUGGUUGUACCAAGAUCACGGAUGCCACCUGCACCAGCCUCAGCAAGUUCUGCUCCAAACUCAGGCACCUGGAUUUGGCUUCCUGCACCUCCAUAACCAACCUGUCCCUGAAAGCACUGAGCGAGGGAUGCCCGCUGCUGGAACAGCUCAUCAUCUCCUGGUGCGACCAAGUGACCAAGGACGGGAUCCAGGCGCUGGUGCGGGGCUGCGGGGGGCUGCGGGCCCUGUCCCUCAAGGGCUGCACCCAGCUGGAGGACGAGGCUCUCAAGUUCAUCGGUGCCCACUGUCCCGAGCUGGUGACCCUGAACCUGCAGACCUGCCUGCAAAUCACGGACGACGGGCUCAUCACCAUCUGCAGGGGCUGCCACAAGCUGCAGUCCCUGUGCGCUUCCGGCUGCUCCAACAUCACCGACGCCAUCCUCAACGCCCUGGGACAGAACUGCCCACGCCUCCGAAUAUUGGAAGUGGCGAGGUGUUCCCAGCUGACCGACGUGGGCUUCACCACCCUGGCCAGGAAUUGCCAUGAGCUUGAAAAAAUGGAUCUGGAGGAGUGUGUCCAGAUAACAGACAGCACACUAAUCCAGCUUUCCAUACACUGUCCACGGCUGCAGGUCCUGAGUUUAUCCCACUGCGAGCUGAUCACGGACGACGGGAUCCGUCACCUGGGGAACGGCGCCUGCGCCCACGACCGCCUGGAGGUGAUCGAGCUGGACAACUGCCCCCUGAUCACCGACGCCUCCCUGGAGCACCUCAAGAGCUGCCACAGCCUGGAGAGGAUAGAACUGUACGACUGCCAGCAGAUCACACGGGCUGGCAUCAAGAGACUCAGGACCCACCUGCCCAACAUCAAAGUCCACGCCUACUUCGCCCCGGUGACCCCCCCGCCCUCGGUGGGCGGCAGCCGACAGCGCUUCUGCAGAUGCUGCAUCAUCCUAUGACACUGGAAGCUGCUCCCGGCCAGCGGGGCUGGAACCACGCCCGUGCCAUCCCGGGGGACACCGGCGAUCCCAGUGUCAUCUGCCAGGGCCAGCGAGCGGGGCCGGGGUGCCCUGUAGCCACCCACACCCCCCCUGUGAUCCCACCCGGCCCGGCGGGAUGAGCGACUCGCCACGGGAGCUGCACCGCGUUUCCCCGGCUGGAUCGGCCUGAUCCUGAACCAUUCCUGCUGGGAAUACCCCGGGGAAAAACCCCGUGGGAAGGAGGGGAGGGAGCCCAGCCUGCAGGGACUGAUGCUGCUGGUGAGGUUGGAAAAGGAGCCGAGGUCCUUGGAAGUGGGGAGAGGAGAGGAACACGCUUUAACCCCGCAGCCGUUGUGCGGGGGGAAAAACCCCAACAAACCUGGAAACCCCAACAAGGUCUGUGUCCCUCUGUCAGGGAGGGAAUGAAACUGCAGCUGCUGAGCCAGGGUUUACCUGGGAUCCAGGAUUUCCCUGGGAUCCAGGAUUUAUCUGGGAUCCAGGAUUUACCUGAGAUCCAGGAUUUAUCUGGGAUCCAGGAUUUACCUGGGAUCCAGGAUUUAUCUGGGAUCCAGGAUUUCCCUGGGAUCCAGGAUUUACCUGAGAUCCAGGAUUUAUCUGGGAUCCAGGAUUUAUCUGGGAUCCAGGAUUUCCCUGGGGUCCAGGAUUUCCCUGGGGUCCAGGAUUUACCUGAGAUCCAGGAUUUAUCUGGGAUCCAGGAUUUCCCAGUGAUCCAGGAUUUACCUGAGAUCCAGGAUUUAUCUGGGAUCCAGGAUUUACCUGAGAUCCAGGAUUUCCCAGUGAUCCAGGAUUUCCCAGUGGUCCAGGAUUCCCCUGUGCUUCCCUGUUCCCACCCUGAUGAUGCUCACAUGAAGAAGGCUCUUCUUUCCCAUGUGGCAUCCAGCUCAGAGGCUUCCCAGAUUCUUCCCAAAUUGUGUGAUAGGCCUUGGAGUUUCUAAUGCCACAUAUUUUACCCUCCCCAAAUCCUGGUUGUUUUUUUCAAUUUCUUCUUUUUUUUUUCUCCCUUUAAAUUUUUUUACUAAAUUUCUGAUUCAGUCAUUUCUUGAGAUUUUCCAGCCCAAAGCAAAGAAUACAUAAGGAAUUCUUUUCCCAGGAGAAGCCUGAGCCUGUGAUGAGCUGUCAGGAAGAUUUUAGGUGAGCUGCACCCCAGGCUGGGCUCUCCUGGGCUUCCUGACAUGUUUGAUCAGGGAUUGGGUGUCCAAAUUUAUCCCAAAUCCAGGUUUUAUCCCAAUGACAAGGAUACAAUUCUCCAUACAGGGAAUAAUAUAUAUCUAUAUAUACAAAUAUAUAAUUCUCAGUACAGGGAGAAAGUUCUAAUCCGUGUUCCAGCCACUGUGAGCUCCCUCCUCCUGUCCUUUCCCUCCAUCCUUUCCCUGAGGAAAAGCAAAGCAGAGGUUCUUGCUUGCCCUGGUGAAGAAUUGAGGAUUCCCUGGGGGAGCAGGGCUGGGAUCCCCCCCGAGCUCCCCACCCUGCACAGGUAAGUGUGGAAGGAGCCCCGGGAUGGGCUUUGGAUGUGCCAGGGCCAGGGAGAGGGGUCGCUGGCUGCUUUUUUUGGGGUGUUUCAGGCAGAAAUGGGUGCAGGGGAGCCCGGGCUGACCGAAUUGCAGGUGUGGAACUGCUGGGCAGAUCCCAAGGGUUUGAGGGGGCAGGGUUGGUCAGCCUGGGGCGGGUCCGUGUCCGUCUCUCCCGCUGUCCGUGCCCACCGACGCUUCCCCCGGGCUCUGAGGACGCUCCUGCUGGGGAAGGAGCAGCUGCAGCAGCAGGAAUGGCUGCUCCAGGGGCUGGGAGGGAGCUUUCCCACCAGGAAUUCCAAGGAGGAUGCGCCGUUCUCCCCCCGGAGCUGCACCCCCCUCAUCUCCCGCAGCGCCCCGGUCUGCGCUCACGCUCUGCCGGGAGCAACUCCGGCCUGCCGGGGUUAAAAGGAUACUGUCAAUGCCCUCCUGUAGAUGGCUUUUAAUCCCUUAUAUUUAUUCAAGUCCUCUUUAGCGCUGUGGAUUCUCCCCCUCUCCUCAGGCGCCUUCAUUUCCAGAACUUUCUCCAGGUUUCGGGGUGGCAGAAGAUGGUGGUGACGGACUGGACGGGUCACCCGGCAAUCACAGGAUUUGCACAACUCUGGGAAAAAUAAAACAAAAGCAACUUUUGUUUAGUUCCUACGGUGGCAGAGGAGAGCGAAGAGCGGGAUUUGGGAGCCAGGGCGUUGUUGGCUGGCUGAUCCCUUUGUAACAGAGCAGAGUUUUCCAGGGAAAACUCCGGAACACAGAACCCAAAGCAAUUUAUUUUCUGUUUGCAGACCAGGGUGACAGCAUUAAGGUAGCUCAAACUUCUUGACAGUGUCCUUUUAAGUCAAUUAUCCGUCUUCAAAUGGACUCUUCCUGAUGUUUAUAUUUAUAAAUACCAAUAAACACCAUUUUCCAA